AUGCCAAAGAUCAGCCGUGUGCAGCUGGGGUCUGCUUCUGGCACGCAGCCUGUGGAAAUCAGCCAACUUCAUGGCUUUCGCGAUGCCCUCGUAGAUGAACGGGGCGUCCAGUUGAAGGGUCUGGGGCCCAAGCGGUUCUUCACUCGCAUGGCUGAG